UGUCACAAUAAGCUGUGCAACUAAUAAACAUGUAAUUCCCUCUUACUUCAUGUAAUUCUUGCUAAAGGAGCUCCAAAUCUCUCUCAGUUCUUAUUUGUGGUGGCUUGCUGAGUUACUAUCCAGUUUUAAUGGCUGCCAUUGUUAGUAAUCCGAAAACUGGGGAAAUUAGUAUGAGUGAGGCCAAGAAAAGCAGUGAAGUUGUGGUCAUGAUCUCUGGCCAAGAAAAAGAUGUGAAGAACUCACCUCGUCGAGUCUCGAUUGAUUCCCAUUUUGAUGCUGUCAAGUUUGCACCAGUGGGAAUGCCGUCCCCUGAGAUUGCUAGAUAUGCUCCAAGCCCCAACAGGCCUCCAAGAAUCCCCACAAGUGAAACCACCACGCCGCGUAAAUCACUUGCCAGGUCAGUGUACUCAAAACCCAAGUCAAGAUUUGGAGAACAGCCUAUUCAUGUUGAUUCAUAUAUGCUUGAAGAAGAUAGCUCAUUUAUUCAAGGGUAUUUAAAAUCUAAUGGUAACUCGCCUCUUAGAAAUAUGUCUACUCAGGCCUCGCCUAAUAUUAGAGCCGCUUCCACUCAUACUUCAUUUAAAGAUAUGAAUAGGGCCUCUUCAAUUAAUACUCCAAGAACGCCUUUGAUGGCGUCUCCUGGAGGUGUUGGAGGAGUGGAUGAGGACGAAGAGAUUUAUAAAAAAGUUAGUAACCGGAAUAAGUUGAAGUAUAAGAGGGUGAAAAUUAAGGUUCUGAUAGAAUGGAUAGUGUUUCUGUUGAUUUUGGGGAACUUGAUUUCAUGCUUGACCAUUGAUAGUUUGAAGCAUACAAGGAUUUGGGGUUUGGAGGUCUGGAAAUGGUCUUUGCUUGUUAUGGUUACUUUUUCGGGUAUGUUGUUUACUAAUUGGUUUAUGCAUAUUGUGGUGUUGGUGAUUGAAUUAAACUUUCUGUUCAAGAAGAAAGUGUUAUAUUUCGUUCACAGUUUGAAGAAGAGUGUCCGGGUCUGUCUCUGGUUGACAUUGAUUCUUAUAACUUGGCUGUCGUUGUUCAAUAAUGGAGUCCAUCGAUCAGCCACUGCUACAAAGGUUUUGGAUUAUAUAACUUGGACUAUUGUUUCCAUGCUCAUUUGUUCGUUCUUGUGGCUCUUUAAGACAUUGCUUCUUAAGAUGUUGGCUUCGUCCUUCCAUGUAACCACGUUCUUUGAUAGAGUUCAAGAGUCAAUCUUCCAUCAGUAUGUUCUCCAGGUCCUGUCUGGUCCUCCACUUCUGGAGUCUGCUGGGAUGCUGGGAAGAACAAAUAGCAGUCAAUUUAGUUUCCGAAGCACAAAGAAAGGUAAGCCCUCGAAAGAAGGAAGCAAAAAAGCAGUGAUUGACAUAAACAAGCUGUAUCAGAUGAAGCAAGAAAAGGUUUCUGCCUGGACAAUGAAGAUGUUGGUGGAUGUGAUAUCAAAUUCAGGGUUGUCCACCAUUUCUGAUUCCCUGGAUGAAAGUGAUUACUACGGCAACAAUGAACAGGUCGACAAGGAGAUAACUAAUGAGAUGGAAGCAAUUGCAGCUGCCUAUCACAUAUACAGAAAUGUGGCUCAGCCUGGUUCCAAGUACAUUGAUGAAUUGGACCUCAGGAGAUUUAUGCUUAGGGAGGAGGUUGAGUUUGUGUUUCCACUGAUAGAUGUUGCUGAAACGGGACAGGUAGACAGGAAAGCUUUGACGGAAUGGGUGGUGAAGGUCUAUAAUGGUCGGAAAGCUUUAGCUCAUGCAUUAAAUGACACGAAAACAGCAGUUAACCAAUUGAAUACCCUUGUUACUGUGAUCUUAAUUGUGAUCAUUAUUGUAGUCUGGUUACUUUUGGUGGAGAUUGCGACAACCAAAGUACUACUCUUCCUUUCAUCACAGCUUGUUGCAGCAGCCUUUUUGUUUGGGAACACUUGCAAAACUAUAUUUGAAGCUAUCAUAUUUGUGUUUGUUAUGCAUCCAUUUGAUGUUGGUGAUCGUUGUGUCAUAGAUGGUGUUCAGAUGAUAGUUGAAGAAAUGAACAUUUUAACAACUGUCUUCUUGAGAUAUGAUAUGGAGAAGAUAUACUAUCCAAAUUCAAUCUUAGCUACUAAGCCUAUCAGCAAUUUCUACAGAAGCCCGGAUAUGGGAGAUUCACUGGAGUUCUGUAUCGACUUCAGAACACCAGUAGAGAAGAUUGGAUCUCUGAAAGAGAAGAUUAAAAAGUACUUAGAGAGGACUCCUCAGUACUGGCAUCCAAACCACAAUAUGGUGGUGAAGGAGAUUGAGAAUGUAAACAAGAUAAAGAUGGCACUCUUUUUCAAUCAUACAAUGAACUUCCAAGAUUUUGCAGAGAGGAAUCGCAGAAGAUCUGAACUGGUCUUAGAAAUGAAGAAAAUAUUUGAUGACCUAAGUAUCAAAUACAAUCUACUUUCACAGGAAGUCCAAGUGGUGAAGUCAGAUGCUUCCAGAUGAUUUCUUCACCUCUUCUGUUCGGGAAAGAUGAUCUGUCAUAUGACUAUUUCCACAGACUUCUACGAAGCUUAUAUGCAAGUGAAACUGCAUUCUUUUUCUGUUGUUCAUGGAGAUUCUCAACCAUCAUGUUCUUUCUUUUUUGCAAUCGUCGACUUGGUUUA